AUGUCUCAAUCUAGAGACAAUUCUCCAGGCUCUGAUAGCUCUGAUGAUGCUGAUGCUGUGGCUGCACAAUUGCUAGCACAGUUCCAGAGCGCUCCCUCUUGUACUCCUCCCACCAUCCCACCUGAGGGUCCUGAAAAUGCCCUCCAGCCAGUGCAACAUAUCACUAGAAACUCAAAAGAAUCAACAAUGUCUUUUGAGAUCAUCGUCCCAGUGGUUAACAACCCUGAUGACUAUGAGUAUUUGCCCGGUCACUUUGAGGUUCAUCGCAUUCUUGCAGUCGACAUGCAUGAGCCAAAGCUCAUUGUGAGACUCAAAAGUGGUGAAGUUCAAACUAUGACCACCAAAGAUUUGAAAAGCCUCAAGAACGGACGAAAGGCUUUGCGUGAAUUCAACCGUGACUCACAGAGCCCUGACCCCCUCGCAAUGGACCACUCCCCCAUCCCACAUUUCAUUUACGCGGGUGGAGAUGGUCCUGCGGACUAUGAUUCAGAUAUGGACUGGGGAAUUGCACGAAACCGCCAACGACGCGCGCCGUUGGUCUCAUACAACAAUUUCUUCCGCAGUGAUGAUGAAGAAGAUGAAGACGACUAUCAAAGCCGCCGUGAAGAGAUUGACUCAGAGGAGUCCAGUGAUGAGGAUGAAGAUGAAGAUGAUCCUCCAACCAAACGCCGCCAACGCCGCCCUCCGAGAAGGGGUGCGCAGAGGGGCCGAAAGCAACGUGAUCGCGAAUGGUCUGAACAGUCUUCUGCCUCUGAUACAGGCAAACGAGUAUCAUCUCGCCUGCGACAGACCCGUCGACGCAAUAUGAAAGAACGCUUCGAAGACGACGAAUAUUCUGCGGUUGAACCUGAGCAGCCUAAGCACCAAAAGUUCUCGGGUGCGAGGGAGCAGUUCCGUGAACUACCACAGGACAAUAAAUUCAGAUUGUGCCACUCCCAGUCAUGCACCCAAUGCGGCCAUGGAGAUCAUGACCGUGAAAAGGGGUCUUUGGUCUUCUGCCAAGGUUGUACCGUGUCAUACCAUCAAGGUUGUCUUGGCGAUCGAACCAGCCGAAAGCACUUGGUCACCAAGGUUGACGAAGGGGAUUUCAUUCUUCAAUGCAGUCGGUGUUUGGGGAUCAAGCACCAAGAGCAUGACAUGAAGCCUCAUUUAGGCCAUUGUGCCGUGUGUAGAGACGAAGGACCCAUGUCGCAGCCGUUGCGAGAGACUCUUUCUUCCCAGACUGAGCAGCACUUGCGGGAAGCCAAUGGUGGCAUAGAUCCGAUUACUCCCGUGGAUAUGUCCAGUGUCAACAAUGUCGAUAAUAUCCUCAUCAGAUGCCUUGGUGGCAGCCAUAGCUGCAAGCGAGCCUUCCAUAUUCAGCAUCUACCAAACACGGCAGAGGAGAACCUUACCCACAUUGAUCCUGAUAACUGGCAAUGCGACGAAUGCUCUAAAUCACCUCCUGGUGCCAAUCCAAUCCAGGUGAUCGUUGCUUGGAAACCAAGGAAUCCCGAAGUCAAAGUCGUCUCGCAGUUGGUUGAGAUGAUCCCAGAGAUCGACAAACUAUAUCUCGUCAAGUGGCACAAGCUGUCCUACUUCCGUGUUACCUGGGUGACUGGAGACUGGGUCUGGGCCAGGAUUCCUGCCAGCCAGAUGAAGGCGUUUCUCAAGUCAGAAAGAUCCACCAAACCGAUUAUGACAGUAGCUGAGGCUGUCCCCGAAGACAAUCUGCGAGUGGACAUUGUUUUUGAUGUGGAAUAUCACACCGAGCCUAAAUCCCAGGAGGAUCGAGCAAACGCCAAGAUGGUCGAACGGGCAUACGUCAAGUACAAAGGGUUGUCAUACGAAGACUCAGUCUGGGAAAUUCCCCCAGAACAGACUGACACAGCUCGUUGGGAGGAUUUCCAGACCGCUCUUAUCGACAAAGUACGCCAAGAGAAUGUCCACGUCCCGAAGCCGAAAGAUCUUCAAAGCCGUCUCAGAGAUGUCCGUAGAGAGAAGUUUGACCAGAGCCUUCUUCUGACUGCUCAGCCUGCGUUGGUGACCGGUGGUGAGCUCAUGGAUUAUCAGAUGGAAGGCGUGAAUUGGCUGCUGUACAUGUUCUUCAAGCAAACCAACGCCAUUCUUGCUGACGAUAUGGGCCUCGGAAAGACAAUCCAGGUCAUCACCCUAUUCGCGGCAUUGAUCGAUAAGCUAGACUGUUUUCCAUUCUUGGUCGUUGUUCCAAAUGCGACUGUGCCAAACUGGCGCCGAGAGAUCAAGAGCUGGUCGCCACACAUCCGGGUUGUCACCUAUUAUGGGAGUGCCUUCGCUCGCGAGAUGGCCAGGGACCAUGAGAUGUUUGACGAGAAUGGCACUCUAUGUUGCCAUGUGGUUAUUGCUUCGUAUGAGAGCAUGGCAGACGAUGGGGCUAAGCGAGUCUUGUCCAGUAUCAAUUGGGCUGGCUUGGUGGUUGAUGAAGGUCAGCGCCUCAAGAAUGACAAGACCCAGCUCUAUGAGCGUCUUCGUCGCAUGAAAUUCGGUUUCAAGUUGCUGCUCACUGGUACACCGCUUCAAAAUAAUAUCAGAGAGCUCUUCAACUUGGUUCAGUUCAUCGACCCAACUUACAAUGCGGAGGAGUUGGAGGCCAAAUACGCAGGAGCCCUCGACAGGGAAGCGAUUCGCGAGCUCCACGACAUGAUUCGGCCAUGUCUCCUGCGUCGAACAAAGGCAGAGGUUCUGCCGUUCCUACCCCCGAUGGUGCAAAUCAUCAUUCCAGUUUCGAUGUCUGUUGUGCAGAAGAAGCUGUACAAAUCGAUCCUUCAAAAGAACCCGCAGCUUCUCAAGGCUAUUUGCAAGAAGCAAGUCGGGCAGUUGAAGAAAGCAGAGCGCCAUAAUUUGAACAAUAUCCUAAUGCAGCUGCGCAAAUGUCUUUGUCACCCGUUCAUUUAUAACCGGGACAUCGAAGAGCAGACUCUGGACUCUCAGCUUUCCCAUCGGCGUUUGGUCGAAGCAUCCGGGAAGCUUACGUUGCUGAACUUGAUGUUACCGCGACUUCGAGAGCGUGGACACCGCGUCCUCAUCUUCAGUCAAUUUUUAGAGAACCUCGACAUUGUUGAAGACUUCCUCACUGGACUGGGACUCCAGUACUGUCGCCUGGAUGGAAACUUAUCCUCGAGGGAAAAACAGCAACAGAUCGACCAGUUUAACGCGCCGAAAUCCCAAUUCUUUGCCUUUUUGCUUUCGACGCGGUCCGGUGGUGUCGGAAUUAACCUCGCCACUGCCGAUACGGUCAUCAUCAUGGAUCCGGAUUUCAAUCCAAAACAAGACAUGCAGGCUCUGUCGCGUGCUCAUCGAAUCGGGCAAAAGAAUACAGUCCUUGUUUUCCACCUGGUAGUGCGCGCGUCAGUGGAGGAAAAAAUCAUGCAGAAAGGUAAAACCAAGAUGGCACUCGAUCACGUACUUAUCGAUCGCAUCGAGGCCGAUGAAGAUAAAGAAGACUUAGAGUCCAUCCUCAAGCAUGGUGCGGAGGCACUGUUCAAUGACGAUGACUCGGCAGACAUUACUUACGAUGUGGACUCCAUUGACAAGCUGUUGGACCGUAGCCAGGCUGAGCAGGUCAAGAAAAUUGCCAGCGAGGGAAGUUCGGACCAGAAUGAGCAGACGCAGUUCAAUUUCGCCCGGGUGUGGCAAAAGGAUCGAGGUAGCCUUGAAGAAGUGACUGAGACUGAGGACACGCCUGUGGAUGUUACGGCGUGGGAGAAGAUUCUGCAGGAGCGUGAGCGUGAAGCGCAGGAGGAAGCUAACCGUCAAGCUGAAGGUCUUGGGCGCGGUAAAAGAAAGCGCGGCACACCCCGCUACAAUAACAAUAUUGUUAUCGAAGGAGUUGACGACGAUGAGAAUCUUAGCCCCCGAAAGCCGCCUAGCAAGAUGCGAAAGCGUGCAGCUGACAAUGACGAUGAGUUCCAACAGCCAGAGGAUGAUGGUGAUGAGACCGAGUUCGAGUCCGAUCACGGCGCUGAGCCAAUGGACCUUACAUACGAUGGAGCUGAGCCAAUGGACACCGCAAAUGACGGCGACAGGACUGAGGCACAAAUGGGCACUACAAAUGUUGUCACACCUGGUCUUCAUGUAGGUGCAGGACAGCAAGUCGCACGCGCGUUCCGUUGUGUUAAUUCCCCGCCCCCAGUGACCUACCACCUUGAUAUCCGUCCUUGUGUGGCGUGCAAACAACGCCACAUCCCUGGGCAGUGCCCACUCCGUUCGGCUGGUGUCGAGUUCUGUGGCCUCUGCGGCCUGGCGCACUGGGGUGGCCGCCGGAUCUGCCCCCACCUGCAGUCACGGGUGCAGGUCAGCCUUAUGCUGGAUACGCUGGAAGAGAGCCCGGAGGACCCGGCCCUCAUCCUUAAGGCGAAAAAAUACCUUCGGGGUGUUCUCAAAUCAAUGGGGCAGACUGCCCGGAGCAAGGCUUCGUCUGCCACUCAGGCGGAGUCUCGGAUUUUCACCUCGCCCUCAGUUAGCGGGGUGAGCCGUGCCCCUACCGAUUUAACAGGGGCAAGUACUGAGUCGAAAGACUAA